AUGAAGGAGGUAGAAUGCUGGGACGCCCAUGUCAAAGCUCUACACAAAGCGAAAAAGGACGAAACCACAGCCAUUCGCAAAGCAGAAGAGAAAGCAGAGAAAGCAAAGAAGUUGGCUGAACAGAAAGCUGCGGAGAAACAGCAAAGGGAGCUUGAGAAGCAGCGAAAAAAGAAUGCAGAGGAGGCAGCUAAGGCUGCGGCUCAAGCGGGGGAAGAGGUUCCGUCUCCGCUAGGACUAGGGCAGCAGAAGAAAAGGCGCAGGACUGGCGGCCAGUCAGAAUUGACAGAAGAUGAUCCUACCAUAUUGCGUGAGAUGUCAACAUUUUCCGCCGGUUCAAUGGUCUUCGCCGACAAUCUCCAGGAUUUUGGCCGACGUGUUUGCCUAUAUCCUGAUGUGCCUUGUGGAGUUAGGCUGAAGAAAGGUCCUCUUGCCAAAGCGCUGGAAGCUGAUCCAUCCAUUGAUUCAAAAACGCUUCAGCAAUUGAAGAAGAACAUCAGUGCUGAUGCAACCGAUUUCUAUGACAAAGCCCGGCAGCAGUUUAAAGAUCCUUCUGGCAAAGACCGCGUGAGUGCAUCAUUGCCUGGUCCCGCAGCAUCAUUGGGCCUGGACAACUUCUUGUCACACACGGUGGAAGAAGUCAUGAUGUCGCACCAGAUGCAGGCAUUGAAUCAUGGGAUCCUGGAUCGGCAGUAUGUCACAACGGUGAUGCUUGACUCUGCCGA